AUGUCACUUUUCUCCAUCCCUGUCGAGAUCUAUGCUCAAAUAAUUCUUUACGUCUCCUCAAUUCGCGAUCUGGCAGCCCUCUCGCAAUCAUGCCGCACUCUGCACUCUCUAUGCGACAUGAAAACGCGCGAGCGAUUUGACCGAAUUCGUAUCCAUCCCCAUGACAUUAGUAUUGAUAAGAAUUUUGAUCUGUUGAUGGAAAUUCUUAAAAAGCCUAGGUUGGGAAACUAUGUACGAGAAGUCCAGCAGUACUGGAGACCUAACCAUAAUGUCGCUUAUGUAGAGAGACAAGGGCAGCGCGGUCUCAGGCUCAGCACAGACGAAAUGAAUAUAAUCUGUGCGGCUGUGCAAAAGGCGGGAUUUUCCAAUUCUCAAGAAAGUGAUGUGAUCAACAUGCUCAUGCAAGACAGCACAGAAGGUGCAUGCGGCAUUGCCAACUAUUCCUAUCGUGGAAUUGACCCACCUUGGCACGAGGGGAUAUUUAUCGCGCAAGCAUUAGCUGCAAUUAUCAUCUCUGUAUCGCCUAAUAUGGAGACUCUAGCGAUCGCAAGACCCUUCGUAUCAUAUUCCGACUUCUAUUUUGACGCUAAAAAAUGGCCUCGGGAGUCAAAUAUCGACUUCCCCCUCGAUCGGUUUCUGCGACAUGCGAAUGUGGAACCACGUAAAGUCACAUACCUUCAGAACCUUCGUAAAGUUUACAUGAUACUCGACGACGCAGACAUGAAUGACAGCUAUUAUGUCGGCAUGGACUUCCUCGACUGUACGACACUUUUUGAUCGUCUCCCGUCCAUUGAAUCGAUAGCCACAGAUGCACUGAUAGAAGACGAGAAUGCACUGUCACGCCUAGUGCCAAGAUCAUCCAACAUUAGCAAGAUCCACUUAAAUCACUCCUCCCUUCAGGCACCUUACAUCGCCCAACUCAUCCAAUCUUGCAAGACUUUGCGAGAAUUCCAAUAUACCACUGGCGGGCGAGGCGUCGUCGAUGGGUCAUUCAAAACAUUCAAUAUCAAAACCUUCAUCAAAUCUAUAUGCCCUCACAAGAAUACACUUGAGGUCCUGGAUAUUGAUGACGAGUCGCAUAUGUUCUAUUUUAGCAACUACUAUUCUGCUGAUUGCGAGGAAUACGAGAAUGUCGAGGAAUAUGAAACUGUCGAGGAUCGGCUUGACCAAGUGAUCGACGGAGAUGUAUCGGAUCUCGACCCUGAUGAGAAUGAUGAGAGGCAGCAAUUCCUUAGGUCGUUCUGGGGAAAUAAUGGCUCUUUGAGAGAGUUUCGUGUUUUGAAGCGACUGGGCAUGGGCAUUGGGUCUUUGCUGUAUUUUGCCAAGGGGGUUGGCGUGGGCGAUGAAAAUGAGAAGCCCGUCAAGUUGGCGGAUGUUCUACCCGAGAGUUUGGAACAUCUUUGUAUACGUGGGUACGAAAGAGGAUUGUCUGUAAGGUGGGAUGAACAGAUCGAUGCCUUGAAAGACUCAUGCGAGUCAGGCCUAUCGAAUAUUAAAAUUGUCAGUGGGAUAGAAGAGAUGAUACCCAAUGCCGAAGACGUGGAAUGGCCCGAUUAUGCUGAGGAGGGUGUACUGUGGAAUUUAAAAGAAGCGGGAUAUGGACCCUGA